AUGGGAAUGUACAUUUGGGAAGAAAGUUUUGUCAACAGAUUCAUGCAGGGGGUGGUGUUAGUGUUCAUACUGCUGUCUCACAGUGUGUACAAGACACAAGUGAUUAACUGCAGCAUACAUGAUGAUCCCCUCCCUAUUCCUCAUAACUUUUACCAGCCAGGAGACCUUCUCAUUGGUGAGAUUGCUUCGCAAGUCUUCUUCUUCUCUAACAACCUCUCCUUUAUGGAACAGCCAGCACACAUCUUGAUUGAUGAACCUAUUUCAGUGCCAAAGUACUAUCAGCACAUCCUGGCCUUAGCAUUGGCUGUCAAAGAGAUCAAUGAGGCUCCCAACAUCUUCUCAAAUAUCUCUCUGGGGUUCCAUAUCCUCAAUAGCUACUUCACUGCAAGAAUGACCUAUAAGGCCACACUGAGCCUGCUCUCUGCACAGCAUAGAUUUGUUCCCAACUUCAAGUGUUGUCACCGGAGCAAUCUGAUAGCUCUAAUUGGAGGACAUAUCUCUGAAAUCUCUGCCAAUGUAGCCAUCAUUUCAGCAAUCCACAAGGCUCCACAGAUGGUCCCAAAUGAAGCCAAACAGCACUUAGGGGUUGUGCGGUUACUUCAGCAUUUUGGAUGGAUAUGGGUUGGGCUUGGUGCUGUGGAUGAUGACAAAGGGGACCAGUUUUUACAGACAGUGGUGCCAAUGCUUUCCCAGAAUGGCAUCUGUUAUGCCUUCAUAGUAAGAAUACCAAAACAGUCUUAUGUGGAUGAGCUUAUAGGCUUGCUAAUAGAGCAAUGGAAAAACUAUGAUAUUUUCAUGGAGACAAAAGUCAAAAUAUUCUUCGUAUAUGGAGAACCUCCCUCCUUUCAGGUUGUUAGAUUAAUGUUGUUUCUAGCAGAUUUCCUGAAAAUCCCACCUCUGUGCAAAGUGUGGAUUAUUACAUCUCAUUGGGAUUUUGAAUCGCUGUCCAUUCAGAAGAAUUGGGAUAUACAAGCAUUUAAUGGCUCCAUAUCCUUCACAGUUCACUCAAAUCAGCCUUUAGGAUUCCAAAAGUUCACUCAGGUGAUAAGACCUUCAUGGGCCAAAAGAGAUGGUUUUAUCCAGGACUUCUGGGAGCAGGCAUUCAGCUGUUCAUUGAAAAUGUCUCAAGGGAGGGAUGAAGAGAAUGAGAAGAAAAUUUGUACUGGAGAGGAAAAGCUGGAGAACAUUCCUGGAAUUUUGUUUGAAAUGAGCAUGACUGGCCACAGCUACAAUGUCUACAAUGCUGUCUAUGCAGUGGCACAUGCAUUACAUUCCAUGUACAAAUCCUGGUCCAAACACAGAAGAAUGGUAGAUGGGAAAGGAACAGCAAUUCAGAAUGUGCAACCAUGGCAGGUGCAUCAAUUUCUAAAGAGCACCUUAUUCAACAACAGUGCUGGAGACACUGUACACUUUGAUGACAUUGGAGAAUUAGUUGUAGGUUUUGAUGUUACAAACUGGUUGAUGUUUAACAACGGCUCAGUGGUUAGAGUUAAAGUUGGAAGACUGGAACCUCAGGCUCCUCCAGGCAAGGAGUUAAUCAUUCAUGAUGAGCAAAUUAUCUGGCACCAAAACUUUAAUCAGGCGCUGCCAGUUUCUGUGUGUAAUGACAACUGCUAUCCCGGCUACAGCAGGAAAAAGAAGGAGGGAGAGAAAUUUUGCUGCUAUGAUUGUGCUCCAUGUCCAGAAGGGAUGAUCUCUCACAGAAAAGAUGCAGAUGCCUGUGUCAGUUGUCCAGAGAACCACUAUCCCAACAACGACAAAAGUCAAUGCAUUCCAAAGGUUCAAAGUUACCUCUCUUACAAAGAAGAUUUAGGGAUCAUCUUAGCUACCGUGGCAAUUUCUUUCUCUUUCAUCACAACUUUAGUACUUGGCAUUUUUGUAAAGCACAAGGACACACCCAUAGUGAAAGCCAGCAACUGGACCCUCGCCUAUAUCCUCCUCAUCUCCCUCCUCUUCUGCUUCCCCUGUGCAUUGCUGUUCAUUGGACAGCCUGGAAAGGUGAUCUGCCUUCUCCGACAAACAGCUUUUGGCAUCAUUUUCUCUGUGGCCCUUUCUUCUGUGUUGGCAAAGACUAUCACUGUGGUUCUGGCAUUUAUGGCAACCAAACCAGGAUCUGGGAUGAGGAAAUGGAUAAGGAAAGGACUGGCAAAUUCUAUUGUCCUUUUCUGUUCCUUCAUUCAAGCUGGUAUUUGCACUGUUUGGUUAAGUAAGUCCCCUCCAUUCCCAGAUGUGGACAUGCACUCUCUGAAAGGGGAAAUCAUAUUGGAAUGUAAUGAGGGUUCAUCUAUCAUGUUUUACUGUGUCUUGGGCUAUAUGGGUUUCCUGGCCAUUGUCAGUUUCACUGUGGCUUUUCUAGCCAGGAAAUUGCCUGACAGUUUCAAUGAAGCCAAGUUCAUUACUUUCAGCAUGUUGGUGUUUUGUAGUGUUUGGUUAACCUUUAUUCCAACGUACCUGAGCACAAAUGGAAAAUACAUGGUGGCUGUGGAGAUCUUCUGCAUUUUGUGUUCCAGUGCUGGGUUGCUAGGUUGCAUCUUUUCCCCUAAAUGCUAUAUCAUUGUGCUGAGGCCUGAGCUGAACAGUAGGAAACAACUAAUGUGGAAAACAAAAUGA